AGCAACAAGUUAAGGAUAACGGUGUUGAGUCAUACAUUCUAAUCUCUUCCUGAGGUGUUAAAACAGGCCUGAAGGCGAUCACCACCAGGGACUCGAAAGGCAGAGGAGUACAGAACAUACAAGGAGUUACAGAGCAUACACGCAGACAGGAAGGUCCACAAAAGCCAUCAAAAUGUCGGUGACUGGUGCACGGCCGUUCUUAAAACCAAUACUCGAGUCCCCCGGGCGACAGCGCCGGCACACAUUGCCAGCUAGCGAAUUCCGACCGCUUAAUCCACAGGACGCUAUCAGUGUGUUUGAGAUUGAGAGAGAAGCAUUUAUCUCUGUGUCAGGAGAGUGUCCGCUGCACCUAGACGAAGUCCGUCACUUUCUCACUCUGUGUCCCGAGCUGUCUCUUGGGUGGUUUGAACAAGGCAGGCUCGUCGCCUUUAUCAUCGGUUCUCUUUGGGACGAAGAUCGGUUGAGCGAAGGCGCACUGACUCUUCACAAGCCGCAUGGCCACACGGUCCAUAUUCAUGUCCUGGCCGUCCAUCGCACCUUCCGUCAGCAGGGCAAAGGACCGAUCCUGAUGUGGCGCUAUCAGCAGUACUUGCGCUGCUUGCCGUACGUGCGACUCGCCGUGCUUAUGUGUGAGGACGACCUGGUCCCAUUCUACAAGAAGUCUGGUUUCAAAGUGUUGGGCCCCUGUUCUAUCACAGUUGCGCACCUGACCUUCACAGAGAUGCAAUAUGCUAUUGGGGGCCAUGCUUUAAUGCGGCGUAAUAGCCAGUUCUAACUGCUUCACUGGAAGAAGUAGGGGGCUUAUGGAGAUGAUGGAAAACAUUUUCUAUUCUGUCCACAGUUGAAGUACUUUGCAACACUUACUGUUAUGAACUUGUAAAUCAAUUAAUUUGAUUUCAGCCUGUGCUUUCAAUUUGAUAGUUUUGGAGGAGAGAUGAGUGCUGUGAAUAGCUUGUGCUCUUUCUAUAUGUUUUAGGUGUACAUUCUUAUUAAAUUGGCCUUGCCAAUAAAUCUAGCAUGUUUUAGAUCCAUGUACACACGCUUACACACUUACUCAAACAUUACAUUUUAGUUUUUUUGGUACAUUGCCAUUGGUUUUGCUUUGUAUGUAUUGCUAUGAUGGACUGAAUCACGCACAUCAGGCCAGUCUCUUUAGUGUGACUCUAUGACAAGGUGAAAGCUAACACUAUAUUUAGCCUUCACACUCAAGUAGCAUUUCAUCUGAAGUUUAGGUGUACAUUCAUCAAUUGUAGAGAGUGGUUUGAAUGGUGUGCAGUUGAAUUUGAGUGCCGGUAUGAGAUUACUGUGAGAUAAAGGUGGUAAUAAGCCCUGUGCACUCAUAGCAUUUCUACUGCAUAAAGCCAUUGUUGACGUCAUUCGUCACUGGACUUUAGCACAUCAAGUGAAGUUGACAGGUUUAUCCUUCCAUUUAUUUAUUUUCAGAAUUAGAUGUGUAUAUCAUAGGCAUUUUAAUGGGAGAGGAAACAAUAGGGUUUUCUUUUUUACUACCCCUCUGUAAAUGCAUCUGAAAUGUACAUAUCCACCAGGUUUGAAAUGUGUACAGUAUUACCAAAACCCAUAUAUCUCAGCUGUUUAUACACAUACACAUUUGUAAUGUCACGUGUGUUUGAUACACUGACUACAACUUUUGUAAACUAAUUUUGUAAAUAGUAAUAAACCUGAAAGUUUUUCCAGUUUGA